AUGCACGCGAAAACCGAUUCCGAGGUGACAAGCCUCGCGGCUUCGUCUCCGACCAGAUCUCCUCGUCGGCCUGUUUACUACGUCCAAUCGCCGUCACGUGAUUCUCACGAUGGAGAGAAAACGGCAACAUCGUUUCAUUCAACUCCGGUGCUUAGUCCGAUGGGAUCUCCACCUCAUUCUCACUCUUCCAUGGGUCGUCACUCUCGAGAAUCUUCCUCUAGCCGAUUCUCCGGCUCUCUGAAGCCUGGAUCUCGGAAAGUCAACCCUAAUGACGGAGUGAAACGGAAAGGACACGGCGGAGAGAAACAGUGGAAAGAGUGUGCGGUGAUUGAGGAAGAAGGUUUGCUUGAUGAUGGUGAGAGAGACAGUGGUGUGCCUCGUCGAUGCUAUGUCUUAGCUUUCAUUGUUGGAUUCUUCAUUCUUUUUGGUUUCUUCUCUCUUAUUCUCUAUGGAGCUGCUAAACCUCAGAAACCUAAGAUCACUAUCAAGACUAUAACAUUCGAGACACUCAAGGUCCAAGCUGGUCAAGAUGCUGGUGGUGUUGGAACAGACAUGAUCACGAUGAAUGCGACUCUGAGAAUGUUGUAUCGAAACACCGGAACUUUCUUUGGUGUUCAUGUAACUUCAACUCCUAUUGAUCUCAGUUUCUCUCAGCUCAAAAUUGGAUCCGGAUCCAUUGAGAAAUUUUAUCAGUCAAGGAAGAGUCAGAGAACGGUGGUGGUGCAUGUGACCGGAGAGAAGAUUCCUUUAUAUGGAAGUGGUUCGAGUUUAGUUCCACCACCGCCUCCAGCUCCACUUCCCAAACCCAAGAAGAAGAAAGGAGCUCCCGUGGUUAUUCCUGAGCCACCGGCACCUCCUCCACCGGUGCCAAUGAAGCUCAGCUUCGUGGUCCGGUCACGAGCUUACGUGUUGGGGAAGUUAGUGCAACCAAAGUUCUACAAGAGAAUCGAUUGUAGUAUCAACUUCGAACACAAGAACCUCAAUAAGCAUAUACUCAUCACCAAGAAUUGCACCGUCACUACAGUUUGA